UAGCUGCCAGAAAUGACCCCAUCCAUUGUUUUUUGCUAUGCAGCAAUGUUAUUAAACUAAGGAUACCAUUUCUUGUACCACAGACUCUCCUCUCCUACUAAGAGCACCCACCAUUCUUCACUACAAAUUCAUCUUCUUACAAACUGAAUUUGGAUUCAACUGUUGUCAUGGCUCUCAAUCUGUCUUCUCCAGCUGAAGUCAAAUCCAGUUUCUUCACCGAUUCCUUCAACUCUUCAUGCUUCACUCCGAAAUUCCCAGUGAGUUUUGCUUUGAAGAGAAAAGGGUGUGGAGGAGUAUCUGGAAGAAGAAUUCACUGUUCAGUGCAAACACCGCCACCUGCGUGGCCAGGGAGAGCGGUCGUAGAACCAGGUCGAAAGACUUGGGAGGGGCCAAAGCCCAUCUCCAUUGUGGGAUGCACUGGUUCAAUUGGAACUCAGACACUAGAUAUCGUGGCGGAGAAUCCAGAUAAGUUUAGAGUUGUUGCACUUGCAGCUGGUUCAAACAUUACUCUUCUUGCAGAUCAGGUAAGAAGAUUUAAGCCACAACUUGUUGCUGUUAGAAACGAGUCUCUUAUAUCUGAACUUGAAGAGGCAUUGAAUGACCUUGAAGAAAAACCUGAGAUCAUCCCUGGAGAGCAGGGAGUCAUUGAGGUUGCUCGUCAUCCAGAUGCAGUCAGUGUAGUCACAGGAAUUGUAGGCUGUGCAGGACUGAAGCCAACAGUUGCUGCCAUAGAAGCAGGGAAAGACAUAGCUUUGGCCAACAAAGAGACACUGAUUGCUGGAGGUCCUUUUGUUCUUCCUCUUGCUCAGAAGCACAACAUAAAAAUUCUUCCUGCUGAUUCAGAACACUCUGCCAUUUUUCAGUGUAUCCAGGGGUUGUCAGAGGGUGCACUUAGGCGAGUUAUUUUAACUGCAUCUGGAGGUGCUUUCAGGGAUUGGCCUGCUGAUAAACUGAAAGAUGUUAAAGUAGCUGAUGCAUUAAAACACCCUAAUUGGAAUAUGGGAAAAAAGAUCACUGUUGACUCUGCUACACUUUUUAAUAAGGGUCUAGAAGUGAUUGAAGCACAUUACUUAUUUGGAGCUGACUAUGAUAAUAUUGACAUUGUCAUUCAUCCACAAUCAAUCAUACAUUCAAUGAUUGAAACACAGGAUUCAUCUGUUCUUGCCCAGUUGGGCUGGCCUGAUAUGCGUUUGCCAAUCCUUUAUACUUUAUCAUGGCCUGACAGAAUUUAUUGUUCUGAAGUCACUUGGCCUCGCCUUGAUCUUUGCAAGCUUGGUUCACUUACAUUUAAAGCUCCUGACAAUGUUAAGUAUCCAUCUGUGAAUCUUGCCUAUGCUGCUGGCCGUGCCGGAGGCACCAUGACAGGAGUUCUUAGUGCAGCAAAUGAGAAAGCUGUAGAAAUGUUUAUCGAUGAAAAGAUUAGCUAUUUGGAUAUUUUCAAGGUUGUGGAGCUAACAUGUGAGAAGCAUCAGAAUGAAUUGCGAACCUCACCUUCCCUUGAGGAAAUUAUUCACUAUGAUCUGUGGGCUCGAGAAUAUGCUGCUAGUUUGCAGAACACUUCUAGCUUUACUCCUAUUCCUGCAUGAAGAACACCAUAAUUUAUGAGGGCAUUUAAUGUAAACAAUGUAGGAUGAAGCAUUUCCCAGAUAUUGAAAAAUGAAAAGGUUUUUACUGAUGGAAUCUUUAUAUUUUAAUACAUUUUACUUGAUCUUACAGUUUUA